CCUCAAGAGGGCCAGAAUCUCUGUCACAGUCCUGAUUUGAAGGGCUCCUGGGUGAGCACUGGGGUCUCUGACCCCCCACCAGGGGCUUCUGGACGGGAUCUCGCUUUGGACAGAAAUAUGAACCUCUGGCUUUUCUCACUCUACUUCCUUCCAGUCUCUGGGGCUAUGAAGAUCUUCCCACAAGUAAAUCUGGAUGGACCUUUGGGCGAAUCUGUUGUCAUCAAGUGCCCACUUGCUGGAGAAAUAGGAGUGCGGAUGUACCUGUGCCGGCAGAUGCCUAGCUCUGGGAUGUGCGCCACGGUGGUAUCCAACAACUUUGUCAAGGAGGAAUACAGAGAUCGCAUCACUCUGUUGCCAAGUCCAGACAAGACUCAUUUUCUAGUGGAGAUGUCAGAGCUGACUGAAAGUGACAGUGGGGUCUAUGCCUGUGGAUUGGGCUUCAACACAGACCGAGACAAGACCCAGAAAGUCAUCUUGAAUGUCCACGAUGUAGAAUAUGAGCCAUUCUUGGAAGAGGAGCUUCAGCCAUGGUUUUCUAAACUUCCGGAGCAGCAGAUACCCUAUUGGCCACAGGAGGUUCCACACGCAAGGGCUGCCGAAUUCACAUCUGAAAUUGCUAUACCAGCUCAAAGGACUGAAGCUGCUCCUGUCCACCACUCCUCCACCACCACCCCAACAACCCACCAGCCUCGAGCUUCCGCAGCCUCCCCAGCAGUAGCCGCCAAGCUGCCAACCCUUCUGCCCCCCACUGAAGCCUCAGAGAGCUCCGCUCAGGAGCGGGUGCUUGGGCCGCAGGAGGCCAGCUACAAGUACCACACCUGGCUGUACAGGCAAAGAGCAUUCAACGCUGGCUCCCAGGCUAGGUGGGAAGACCAAGGGUUUCACAUCGUGAUCCCUAGCGUCCUGGGCUUCCUGCUGCUGGCCCUCCUGGGGCUCCUGCUGAGAAGAGCCGUUCAGAGGAGACGGGCCUUCUCCAGGAGGAUCCGCCGCCUGGCGAUAAGGAUGCGCGGCAUGGAAGCCUCGGGGAGGCCCGGCUCUCGCCAACCCCGCGCGGGGCCGCGGCCGCGCUCCCAGAACAACGUCUACAGCGCCUGCCCGCGCCGCGCUCCGAGCGCCGCCUCGGCAGGCCCCGAGGAGGCCCCUCCUCCAGAGAGCGGAUCCGCCGGGCCCUCCGCCCCGCCCCAGAUGCCUGAAACUCCCUGGCUCCGUGCCCCAUCGCAUAAGGCCAGCUGUGAAUAUGUGACCAUCUGCCACCAGCCUGCUGCCCAGAGGGAGGACCCUGAUUCAGCUGAAGAUGACUAUAUCAAUGUCCCCAGCCUGACCUUCCUGCCGAGAUGUCCUCCUGCACCCAGCCCAUGGUGCCAAUGAGUCCUGUCUGUCUAUUGAA